UAGUUUCACUUUCAUUUGGCUUUAUAUAAACUGCCACUCUUCUGUUCUCGAUCAUCAUCUUCAUUGCUGUAGUUCUACAAAUAUGUUUUUUCAACUCGUCUGGAUUCUAGCUGCCUCCGUGCAAUGUGGGCUCACACAGGAUAGGCCUACCCAUGAAGUGAAGUCAGUUUGUGGAGAGGAUUCAAUUCUGAAAUGUAAAGCAAUAUGUAAGCCUGGGGUCCAAUACCGGGCGGUGAGGUGGUACAAGCUGGGUGAGGAGCCCUCUAAUAAGGAGUCUGGUCUAUUGAUGAAGAGGCUAUCAUCACCUAAUAGCACCACCCAAUGGUACGCCGGUCUGGAGCGUAAAGUGGAACUUUUGGCUGAUGACUCUUUCGAUAUCUUCCUGCCCAAUGUAAUGGCUGUUGAUAGCGGGAGGUACAAGUGUCUCCUGGCAGCACCUGUAGGAGAGCAGAACCAGGAGGGGCAGGUUCACCUCAGAGUGACAGGUUGCCUUGAGUCCACAGACGAAUCAGAAGAAAGGGAUACCAUUCUAGUUCUUUCCAUUGUGGGGAUUGUGGUGGCAUUGCUGAUAUUCACCAUCAGCUAUGUCAUCCUAAGGAAUAUGUUAUUGCAAAGGAGUAAGAAGUAUCCACAAGAACCACUUCUAGAUGCACCCCUUGAGAAGAAAGAUUUAAUGUUGAUUUACACUCUGGGGCCAAACUGGUCGAGACAGGGUUCCAUAAAACAUGUCUGUGUGUGAGAGCCUGUUCUGCUAGUUUGGGCUCAUUGUAUACUUGAACGUAGAGAGGAAAUGCAGAGAAAGACUAGGGCACGUUUGAAGCUGUGCAAGGAGCCUAAGAGUUAUGUCUAUUUUCCAGGAGAAGAAUUCAUCUUUAGAGCAGAUGGAGGCAAACAACCCUCUGGCCGGUCCUUUAGAACUAAGAUGUUUAGGCUUUUCAAAGAAAUAAAGCAGAAACAGUAACCUACACCCUUUCACUCGUGCAGCCAAACAGCAGUGCAGCCAGGCUAGGGCAGCAGUUCUCCAGCAAUGAGUGCCUGUCUGCAGCAUUCAUGUGCCUGUGAUGCACAAGGAGCAGGGCCUUGUGAAGGGACCCCACGAUCUAAGUCCCAAAUCUAACCCCAACAAGGAACUUCAGGAAAGGGAGAAGGAAUAAUUCAUGAUAAGGGGUCAUUCUGCAGGGUCGCUCCAUGGCAAAGUUGGGGUUAAUUCCAUUUGCAUUUCAGUCAAUUGAAGUUGACAUUGAUGUUGAACUGGAAAAUUACCAAUGUGUACUACAUGGCAUUUCAUGCCUAAUUAAAUUCCUGUAUUGAUUGGUAAUGAAAUGGAAUUGAUCUGAGCACUGUUUCAUGGGGCUCCCGUGUUGGCAGGAUUUGGUGGGACACGCUGGACUCUGCACAGAGAGAUGAAACCAACCAAUACGGCAUUCCAUAUGAGCCAAGCAAAUCUCUCAAUGAACUCUAAUGUUCAGGCAUUAUUGAUACGUUUUUGUUAUUUUGUGAGGCCAAAACAGUAUUUUAUUAAUCUUGUAUGCAGAACCCAAAAAUAUUAUUUUCCUCCAAGCAUUAUGAAAGUGGGCUUUGGUGAAUAUUUGGUUUUUGAACAUGAUCAGCAAUUGUGUGUAUACAUUGAAAAGAAUGAAGUCGUAAAUACUUUUGUAACGUACUGUUUCUGAUGUACAUGUGCUAUGGUUCUUAGAUAAAUGUUCUUUAACUUUUUCUUAAAACGAGUUUUAGUCUUUUUUAGUCACCACAGUAGUGAUGUUUCUCUUAGAUAAGUUGAUUGUUCCUCAGAAUAGUUCAUGUUAUUAAGAUAAAUGAUUUACCCUACCAUUUUACAGAGGCUUACAAACUAGAUGCAUAACUAUUUUUCUGCAUAGUAUACUGUUUGAGGUGCUAAAUGUCUGUCAAAAAAAAAUCUCUACCUAUUUCACACAACACAUUCUAUAAUAUUUUAUACUAGUUUUUAUUUAUUUUAUUUCACCUUUAUUUAACCAGGUAGGCUAGUUGAGAACAAGUUCUCAUUUGCAACUGCGACCUGGCCAAGAUAAAAGCAAAGCAGUUCGACACAACAACACAGAGUUACACAUGGUACAUAUACUGUACCUUGAUAUUAGUAAUUUCCAUCACCUGUCAAUGUUGUAAUGUGCACAUUUUAAAAGGGAUGAUAACAAUUAUCCUCAAGGGUUAACACAAAGUGUUUUUUUGGAUAGCUGUUAUUGUUAAAUACAUAAAUAUCACUAA